GUGUGUGAGGAAGACGUAGACAUGCUUUGGCGCAUGUCCAAUUGUUCAAACCUUCGUCUUUACACGCAAUUCUCACACGCCAUCUUCUUUUCGGUUUAUAUUACUACCCUUUCACCCCCAUUUCCUCUCUUUAACUUUCAUCUUUUCCAAUCCAUUUUUUCUUAUCUGGGUUGAGAAUUAUUAGAUGGGUUUUUGCAGAAUUGGGAUUAAUUCAAGAAUGGAAGUUAUUGAUUUAGGAUUUUCCAGCAUAAAUUCGCGCACUUUUCCAGUUAAACCUGCAAUCCCAAGUCCAAUUUUGAGAUCAUUUGAUCCAUUAUUGCGUAGAAAAAAUGUUAGAAUGAAAUGCAAAGCUUCAACUUCAAGAAGAAGUGUUUCUGAAGUGAAUGAUAAAAUGGGUGGAUUGUCUACUGUGGAGGAUGAAUUGGGUUUGGUUGAUAAGUUUGAAAUGUCGGAUUUCGAAGUUUCAGGUUGUGUUAGCAUUGGUCUUGGUGGGCGGGGUGAUGAGUUAGUUUUUGAAGCUGUUGUGAAGAAUUCUAGCAGCCCAUUGUAUAAUACAAGAGUUGUGCUACGGGAGCUUACGAGUGUGCAAGCUCAAAGGAGAGGGAAGCGAGCUAUAGAGGUGUUCAAAAAGUUGGCUUGUAGAAGACUUCUGUAUCAUUCUUAUUCGAUGCAAGUUUAUGGUUAUGUUUCUUCACCAACAAGUGAAGAUUGUGCGUCGUUUACACUGGUCCAUGGUUAUCAUGGGGGUUUCUCGCUUAGGCAUUGGCUUCAGCAAUCAGACUGGUUGCCAACCUUAGAAGCUACUCUAGCUCUUGAUGAAGAGUCUGUCCGAAAGGUGGGGGAUGACAGCAUUGGAGGCCCAGCUGUUUCCCGACAAUUACGUCUGAUUCGAAUACUUAUGAGGGAUCUCCUGAUAGGAGUAAACUACUUGCAUAGUCAUGGACUCGCCCACACGGAAUUGCGAGUGGAGAAUGUGCACGUAAGCCCUGUGGACAGGCAUAUUAAAGUAGGUAUUCUGGGCAAUGCCGUCGACUUUGUUGAGCACACUUCAAAUAAUAACUUAUCAGAUAGUAAGAGGCGACAAAUGAUGAUUGCAUUUGAUAUGAGAUGUGUUGGAUUUAUCAUGGCAAAAAUGGUGCUGCGAGAGCUCAUGGAUCCAUUAAUCUUUGCUGAGUUCAAAUCAUUUCUAACAAAGGGAAACGAUCCCUCAUGCUUGCGUGAAUUCAUGUUGCCAAUUUUGUGUAAGAACACCCUUUCCGGAAAUAUUGGACUCCAGAUACUGGAUCGAAACUGGGGUGCGGGUUGGAACCUCUUGGCAUUGUUGCUUGCCCCAAAACCUUUGGAUAGAAUAAGCUGUUUAGAUGCUCUGAGGCAUCCAUUUUUAUGUGGACCAAAAUGGAGGGUGCAGCCAUCAAUGAACAUAAUCAGAUGGGGUCUUGGUUCUACUGCUGUUCGAAUUACUGAGGAAUAUAUCUAUGGGCAGCCUCAGCGUAGCAGACUCUCUCACUUUGUUGAACUGAUGGAGAUGCUGAAUCCUCAUCCUAAGCCUAAGAACUGGUUGGAGUUGUUGCCGGGAAAAUGGCGUCUGCUUUACUGCACAGGUCGACACAUAGGAUUAACUCUUCGGCAACCAGCUCACAGGGUUCUUAUUGGUGAUGUGCACUUAAUAGUUGAUAAAAUAUCAAAUCCAAAGACAACAUUUAUGUUCACUUCAGAUAUUUCUUACAAUGUGAUUGUUGGUCAAAAUUGGCCUCAUGACAAAUCUGGUACACCUGGAAAUCUAAAAGUAAUGUCUCCAUUCAGACUAAGGGCUGGCAGACGGCUAUAUAUCAAGGAUGAGAGCCCAGAUAUGUCAUUUCCUACAUCUUCCAGCUCAACCUCAGUACUCAAGAUAUUAUCAGGGAGAAAAUGGAGAAAAGCAUUCCCUAACAAGGAGAUUCCUUCAAGUCUUCCGGUUGCUAAAUUUGCAUCUAAUCACGUUGAAAUGACGAUGAAUCUUGGUGAACCAUUGAGUAGUAAUGUUGACAAUGUUAAAAAAGUGCUUCAAGAAGUUCGAUUGCAAGUGCCACCGGAAAUGUUUGAUUUGUCAAAAGUUGUAUGUGGUACAUAUGUAGAUUCUAGGCUGCUUGUCCUCCGUAGUGUAAAUGGUUCAGCACUUCUCUUUACAAGGUCCUGUAGAGGUUCAUAGAUAUUGUAUGUCAGCCCCUGAAUACGCCUGUCGCUUUUUGUACAAAUCUAAUGUAUAGUGAAACGGUCAGCGUUGUAGAUAAUGAACGAUUGGUUAUGUGUAUAUAAUAGAUCUCUCAUUUCUGACUAAAA